AUUUCCACAUACACACACUGCGCACAUCAUCAUCAUCACCGAAUACGACUACAACUUGCGCUCAGUUCGUUUUAUGGUUCGGUUGUUACAACACACCGAAUCGAGCAAUCGUAGCAGCCGAAACAAAAAGUGUGCGAAUUUCGUGUGUUUGCAUUCACAGCCUGUCAAAGCGCUUAAAAGUGAUAAUAAUUACAGAAAACGUGUUCGAAUCGCGUCUGACAUUUGCCGAUCGCGUAAAAGUGCUGACAUUGAUUAGUAUUUAGCAAUUAGCAAUUAUACAACAUUCAAGAUGAGUAACAUACCAACAUGGUACAGCAACAAGAACAUCUUCAUCACCGGCGGCACUGGUUUCCUCGGCCUGUGCCUCAUUGAGAAACUCUUACGCACCGUACCGGACAUUGGCUCGAUUUACAUCCUCGUCAGACCAAAACGUGGCAAAGAAAUCGAAGCACGUCUUGAGGAACUAAAAAAGAACUCCGUUUUUGAUAAACUCAACGAAUCAGGCACUCUGGACACGGUUUUCAAGAAACUAAAAGCAGUUGCUGGUGAUGUAGGCCAACCAGAUCUCGGUCUAUCUUCUGCUGAUCGUUCUGAGUUGACAGGAUGUGUGAAUGUGAUUUUCCACUCGGCUGCCACAUUGGAUUUCGCAGAGACGCUGAAAACCACCGUAGAUAUUAAUCUGUUGGGGACAAGAAGAUGUCUGGAGUUGGCUAAGCAAUGCCGUGACAUGAAGGCGUUUGUGCAUGUUAGCAGUGCGUAUGUGAAUUCAUGGCAAUUGCAAGCAGAUGAAGUGCUUUAUCCGCUGCCGGAUCAUAUCGAUGUUGAGGAGGUUAUUAAGUUGACGGAGACGUUGAAUGCUGAGGAGUUGGAUGCGAAAACGGUGGAGAUUUUGGGGGAGCAUCCGAAUACUUAUACGUUGACGAAGCAUAUGGCUGAGCAUGAGGUGGUGAAGAAUCAGAAGGUGUUUCCGUGUGCUAUUGUACGGCCAAGUAUGAUUACCACAGCAUGGAAAGAACCAAUGCCCGGUUGGACAAUGUCCAAAAACGGCCCACAGGGUUUCAUCAUGGGCGCAUCCCGUGGUGUCCUCCGAAGAUUACCAGUCGGUAAAAACUUGAUCUAUGAUUAUAUCCCAGUGGAUAUUGUUGUUAAUGGAUUGAUAGCAGCUGGUUUCCAUGCAGGAAUGAAUGAAUCUAAAAACCUGGAAAUCUAUCAAUGCACAAGCAGUCAUUGCAAUCCCUUCCGUUGGGCCAUGGUGGAGGACAGGAUGAACAACAUGCUGCAUCGUUAUCCACUGAUGAGUGCCGUGUGGUAUCCGCAUUUGAAGCUGUUACCAAGCGUGCAACAUUUCAAACUCUCCGCGUUCUUCAUGCAUAUUAUCCCGGCGUUUUUCUUGGAUUUAUUGACGAGGAUCUGUGGAGGAAGACCUAUUUUGAUGAAAUUACACCGUAAUGUGAAUGAUUCACUCGGGCGUCUGGAAAAGUUCAUUUUCACCGAAUGGACUUUCGGUAAUCAGAAAACAAUGGCGUUGCACGAGUGGUUAUCACCAGUUGAUCAGAAGAAUUAUAGUUUGGAUGUGCGUAAUUUAUCAUGGCCGGAAUACUUUGAGGAUUUGGCCAAGGGUGUAAGGCAGUAUUUGUCGAAGGAGUCAAUGAAGAAUGUUGAAGCUGCGCGUGGCAAAGACACAUUGUUAAUGGUCGUCCAUCUUGUCUUCCAAGCCUGUUUCUACUCUCUCCUGUGGUAUGUUGUCGCUUGCUUGAUCGGCACCACAAUGACGAAAAGCGCAAUGGUUGUUCCAUUAGCUUACAUCUUAUUCUCCUUUUUGUAAAGAAAAAUCCCCAUCAACAUCUACAAUAAUUUGUUUGUCAUAAAAAUUACACAUGUACUAACUAAUGUAAUGCCUAAUUUACUCGAAUAUUAUUCAUAUUUUUGUAUUAUUCUUACAAAGUAUUAAAACAAUAAAUAAACACAUCAAUCCUAA